ACGUCAACCGGUCAACCUGAUUUAUUUUGGAUCGCAAUUUUCAUAGGAUUCGUCGAAUACGCUAAUUUUUAUAGUAACUAUAACUGUUUAAUCUUGAAGAAACAUUUAAUAUUUUUCUUUUAUCGCGCACGCAUCGCUUGGAAGAUAAGAAAAUGCUGCGAUCGUUACUGAUAACUAACAACUAUUUGCUACACUCGACGGUGCUACAGAAAAUUAACCCAAUUCAAAAGGUAUGUAAUCAAAACGUGACAUCAAUGUGGCAAUGCAUACGGCACUACACAAAUAUGCCAAAUCAAAAUAAGUUAACCGGCGAAAGUGAAGAAAAUCAAUUGCCGUUAGUUACUGAUAUCGAUAAAAAGCGAAAAAUUCUUGAAUUGGAGUUGGAAGUCAUGCGACAGGAAGGCCGUAAAGUUCCAACACCUAGCAAACUCAAAGAAGAGCACUGGCAGCAUCUGCUACAGCUUAGCUCCCGUAAUCAACGGCGGCAGUACUAUCUCUUCCGGUGGAAUGUGGAAAUGGCAAAAGAAAGUUCGCGGCUCAAGAAGGAACGAAAAAAGGAGCAUAUCGCCAAGCGAAAAGAAGAACUCACGCUAGCUAAUGUUGACAACGAUCAUAUCAUCUACGGUUUGUUUCAUAAUACCAUGUUUCUACGAAUUUACGAUUCGGCGAUGGACCAUUUCAACAAUAAUAAAUUGAUUCAAGCUAUGCGUUUUGGACAAAAUCUUGUGUUCGACUGUUCUUACGACGAGUAUAUGAACGAGAAAGAGAUGCGCAAUACAGCCAAACAGUUGAUGUUGUGCUUUGCGAUCAACAGGCUACACAACGAACCAUUCAACAUUCACCAUUGUAAUGUAGACUUCAAUCGUACUACGAUGAAGUCUUUGGAGAAGCAUUUGGUUCAGAUUCGGGAACCAUCUUUUCCGUUCAACAUCACCGAAAAGAGUUAUCUGGACUUGUUCCCCCGAGAGCGAUUGGUUUAUCUGACGCCCCACUGUAAUAAUGACCUGAAAGAGUUCAGUCCCGAUGAUGUCUACAUUGUCGGUGCGAUGGUUGAUAAAUCUGCCCAGGAGAACAUAUCGUUAGGCAAGGCCAAAAAAUUGGGUCUACGGAUGGCUCGACUACCGCUGGAUAACCAUUUUCAGUUCAAAGGGGGCAAAUCGCUAACGAUAGAUCAAAUGCUUCAAAUUUUGCUGGAGUUGAAAACAUCGAGGAAUUUUGAGAAAGCAUUCGAGCAUGUCCCCAGGCGAAAGAUAGUGACGAUGGAUGAGCUGCAGAUGCAAACGCAGCAAAGACUAACGCAGCGAAAAGAGAUGGGCAAGUUUAAGUUCAGUAUGGGCGGGUUUUCGGAUCGAAAGAUUAGGAGACGAUAGAUGCGGAGCACUCAGCUGUAUUUGCUUGUUUACAGAUCGUAAACGUAGCGCCAAUAAACAAUAAUAUACGUAUA